CACACACACACACACACACACACACACACACACACACACACACACACACACACACACACACACACACACACAUAUCAAAACCACCUAUCACAAGUGCAGAAACGUGGCUCUCUGCAGCUCUGAUAAUGCUGCACAGACGAUGAAAACAUACGGGUGCAGAGAGGAGAUAAGGAACCGUUUAAGAGUUCCUCUUCUGGGACUGAGAACACGCUGCGAUUUCCCCUCCAUGAAGCUACAGAGGGGGAUGCAGGCCGGACGGCGGACGGUCCGAGUCCCUCAGACCGCAGGAUGACGUGCGAGCGGCUCGUCCGGCUGCUGGCUCUUUACCUGACGCUCUGCGCCGCCGCGGCCGCUGGAGACGGUCAGGGUUUCAGACGGAAAGCUUCUAUUCUUCUGAAAGAGGAACCGAAGGACCCGAAAUGCUUCGCGGAGAGCAAGAAGGACUUUGUGUGUUUCUGGGAGGAAGACGAGGAGCGGGCCGGUUCCGUGGAUCAGUACACCUUCACAUAUGCCUACCAAAAGGAGAACAGCAGCACGUGCGCGCUGCGGGUCCUGCGGUCAGCAGGUGGGAAGCGGCUGUUCGUGUGCCGCCUGGACCGGGUCCAGAUGUUCGUCCAGCUGGACGUGCAGGUUUACCGGGACGGGAUCCAGAUCCACAACCGCAGCCUCCUGGUGGAGCUUCUGUUUCUGCUCGACCCUCCUGAGAAUGUGACGGUGAGCAGCACAGGCCAUCCGGGCCAGCUGAACGUGAGCUGGGUGGCGCCGACGCUGAAGUACAUGGACGACAGCAUGACGUACGAGGUUCGCUACGCUCCGGCAGACAGUCACGUCGGGCAGGUGGAGGCGAUAAAAGCCUGCUCCGAGAUGAUCCUGAGGGGCCUGGAGGCGGGAACAAAGUACAGGAUUCAGGUCCGGGCCAUCCUGGAUGGCGUCGCCUAUAACGGGUACUGGAGCGCCUGGAGCGACCCGGUGUUCAUAGAGACUUUGCCUGCAGAACUUGACCCACUUAUUGUGUCCCUGACCUUCAUCAUCUCCUUCAUCCUUGUUCUGCUUUGUCUCACCACGCUUCUGUCCCAUCACAGGUUCCUCAUCAAGAAACUUUGGCCAGCUAUUCCAACUCCUGACAGCAAGUUCCAAGAUCUUUUCACAGUUUAUGGUGGGGACUUCAAGGAGUGGUUAGGGCAGACCAGUGGAAGCUUAUGGCUCACUUCCCCUUUCAUCCUCUCUGAAGAAUGCCCUUCUCCAUUGGAAGUACUCUCUGAACUCAACCUUUGUCCUCCGCUGUCCUCCCCACCUUUGCCACCAAAGGCCUCAAAAGCUUUGACCCUUGUCCAAAAUGAGGACAGGGUUUUGAGCAAAGGCCUUCUUGAUGGAGAGUCGGUGGACAGGGUUGAUACCCUUCAAACAAACGGAUGGAGGACCCCACUGCAUGACCACUGGCUGUUGGAUCGUCUGAGGGAGUUCCAACAACACUCCAUCCCCAGGUCCCAGUGUUCCCUACUGGAAUCUCAAGACACUUACAUCACCCUCAGUGGCAACAAACGCACCGAAGAAGAGCACACGGUGGACACUCUCGAGGAAGCCUUACCCCUUGGGGUGCUUUUUGCCCCCAGAAAGCCAACCCAGAGUGAAUCUCACUCUGACCUGGGCUCUGUGCAGCAAAGCUCUCGUUCUGGGAACCUUUCAUCUCAAUCCAGCUUUGAGUAUCCAAACAAUGUCUGGAUAGCCAAAGAUUCUGGAUACACCUACAUGGCAGUUGCAGACUCUGGGGUCUCCAUGGAUUACAGCCCAAUGAGUAGAGCUGACGACAUUGGCAAAGUGGUUAUCUAUGCCAACGACUACGAAAAUGAGAUUUCCUCUCAUAGAAGACCUUUCCUGGUACGGCAGUGCCCUGUCCAUGAUGAUGGCUGAGCGGAUACCAACUUCAAUUGGAGGGCUGGAGAACCGCAUAUGGAUAUUCGCUCCAGGCUAAUGAUGGCCUCUCGUCAACUGUUAGGAAAAUAUUGUCUAAUAGACUGAUGGAGUCUAUUAGACAGCAGCUAACAGACUCAAAGAGAAUGACACUUUGGAUAUUCUGUAAAGGACACGACUCUUCCAUAUGAAGCAAUAUCACCUGUGAUUCAUAGCACAUAUGAAUACUCAACACUAUCCACCAAACCUUCCAGAUUCGAUUGGAAAAAGUGUUUGCAGGAUUUUAUAUUUGAAAUAAUUGUGUUUUUGUUUAUCCUUCAGUGACAGGAUUGCUACAACACCUCAGGCAUGGUGAAAAGAAAGACUGCUGUAGAAAGUGUUUCUCUGGAAUUACUUAAUUGUGAACAAAUUAAUUAAGAAAAGCAUAAUUAAGCUAUUAUUACCUCAGUUUCAUUCUGUCUAUAGUAGCCUAACCUAAAUCUGUAGAACUAUCCGGGUGCAGGCAUCAUUCUCUGGCCCCCCCAAGUCUUUUUCUACUUGUUUAACUGACUUUUGGGCCUUAAAGUGGUUAUGAGAGUCUGUAUCUGUAUACUUUUAUAAAUCUCUGUUUUAUACACUUGCAUUUUAUUAGGAAUUAAAAAGCUUGCAUUGAAUGCUAGCCAGCAGUUCCAGUUAGCUAAUAUGCUUAUGCCGCCAACAAUGCUAAAGUUUGUUAGAUUAUGACGUACCUCACAUACAGUGUUUAUCCAAUGUGUUAGCAUGCUAACAUUUUGUCAUUAGCACACAACACAAAUUGAGGUUAAGUCUGGAAUUAAUUUUUGUUUUUACCUUUUCAUGUUCAAAAGAAUAACGUCAUCAGCAUCCAACCCUUGGAAAUUUGGUGCUGCGCAAGAAGGUGGUCGAAAUAUUCAUGAAAUAUUCAUGAAUUAUCUUGACAUUAGCAAGGCAACACAAAAAUGGCCAUUUAAGCUGAAUUGUAGUAGGCCUACAUCACAACUUGAGAUUUUGUAUAUUUUUGUACAUUGUCCUCUCAUUUUGUUCAAUCAGGUUGUAGGUUGGAUUCCAGCUUCCCCCUGUCAUACGUUGAUGUGAUGUGUGGGCGAAGGGCAAGUUGAUCAGUUGCUUGCCAAUCUGGUAUCGGUGUAAAAAAAGAGUUUGUGAGCCCAAAUGAAUUAAUGUGGCUGUAGUGUAAAGCACUUUGAGUCAUUUAACAUCACGGUGAUUUACCAACUACACCAAAUCUACAUAAUAUUAAUAGUGCUCACUGCCGGGUCAUUUCUAAAUCUUAAAUCUAGAAUAUUUGUGUGAAAUAUUAAAUAAUUUGUUUCAGAUACAGAUAGUAUUUUUUAAAAUCAUUUAUCGAAAACAGAAUUUUAAAGUAUAUUUCAGUGAAAUUCUUAUUACUGUAGGCUAUGCAGCAUUGCUUUAAGAUAAUUAUAUUUAGGCAACUGUACUUAUUUUAAUAAUUCCUUCUGUUGUACAUCUUUGGCCCCUAAAGAGCAGAACCUGGCAGACUACAAUUUUCCAGUUGACUGCAGAUCUGAUUAACCUUUUAAUAAGCUCAUUUGCUUGCUGUGAAGGAUAAACAUGUUGCAGCUGAAAUUGUAAAUUGAAUUGUAUUACUGAACCAUUAUUGUUUUUGUAAAAAGUGUGCAUGAAGCAACAGACGCAGAUUUGUAGGGGGGGGGGGGGAAAUCUGCAACUGUUUCCCUUUCAAUGAUCGCAUUUAAAUCACAACUGACUUGAACAUUCAAAUUUGUAUUUUCUCUAACUUGGACACAUCUUGUACACCUAAAAGCUUUUUUUUAUCAUUAUUUUCACAAAAAGAUAUUUGUGCUAUACUUGCUUUAAAAAUAAGUUCUGAAUAUAUUUUGAUUAAAAAAAAACAAAUCAACCUAAAA